GCCAAUGGCCAAUGGUCAGUCAAAAAGAACAACAAUCAAAAAUUUAUAAAACCACAAAAAUUUUUAAACAAUAAAUAAAUAUAUUUUUUAUUAUUGUUAGGUUUAUCUACGUACUAUUCGUAUACAAAGAAGUAUUAGCAAAAUGCAUCAAGAAGGAAGUAUAAACGAAAAUUUGUCAAGUUCUAUUCCAAAAUAUGGACUAAAACUAAAAUUAAAUCAUGUUUAUAAAGAGAAAAGAGAUCAGAAAUAUAUUCCAAGAUUAGGAAUUAUUUUGUCUAUGUUACCAUUAAUCUUUAGGUACCUCAUAUAUUAUCUAAAAUUCAAAUGGAGAGGGAUGAAAGUCGUGAUGGAUUACGUGAGUCCUAGAGAACCCCAACAAAUUUACGGUGUACCGAUUGGGGGAAUAGGUAGUGGCACUAUCGGAAGGGGUUACAGGGGCGAAUUCUGCAGGUUUCAACUAAGACCUGGCAUUUACGAGUGGAAUACCGUCGAUGCCAAUCAAUUUAUCGUCACGAUUAAAGACGAAAAUGGCAAGACCAUUUUUCAGAGUCUUUUAUCCACUUUUCCUAAAUCGAGCCUAUCUAGUUGGAAAAGUCGUAUAGAUGGAAGUAAAUGCAAUUAUACAGGGCUAUAUCCUAGGUCUUGGACGGAAUAUGAUCUAUCUGAAUAUGGAAUUAUGUUAACCUGUAGGCAAAUUAGCCCUGUUAUUCCUCACGAUUAUGUGAAUAGCUGCUUACCAGCUGCUGUAUUUGCUUGGACUGCGAAAAACGUCUGUAACGCUAAUAGGACCGUUACAAUUGCUUUUACGUUUAAAAACGGAACGGGCAGCGUGGCUGAUAAGAAAGCGACAUGCAGUUCAAAAUCAUUCAAUUACGAAAACUCAGAAGGCGUCAUAUUAUACAAUACUUUAGAUUCAACUCAGGCUGCCUACGCCUUAUCAGCACUAUCGAAACCUGGCGUUUCGAUUUCCAAAUGCUCCUAUUUCGACCCCAAAUCGGACGGAUCCGACGUUUGGUCGCAAUUGGAGCUAAACGGGGAAUUCGAUCGACCCAAAAAGAACGCUCAAAAUCAUUUCUUCGGCGAAACGGCUUGCGGAGUGGCCUCGAAAUUCGCGGUAAACGCCAACGAAACUCGACGAAUCGAAAUGAGCCUCGUGUGGGACAUACCGAAAGUCAUUUUCCCCGUCGAUCAGAAGACUUACAAACGCUAUUACACGAAGCACUUCGGAUCGGAGAACUCGAUAUUGAAAUUGGUAUCGUACGCGUUCGAUAAUUACGAAUCGUGGGAACAGAAAAUCUACGAUUGGCAGAAGGUGGUUUUAGAUGACAGCAAAUUGCCCGAUUGGUACAAAGGAGCGCUGUUCAACGAAACUUACUAUAUCAGUGAUGGUGGUACUUUAUGGAUGCUCCUUGGCGACGAGGAAUUACGAACUAUACCCCAAAAUGAUCCUAGAGUCGAGUACGGCCGUUUCGCUUACCUCGAAGGGCAGGAGUACAUCAUGUACAAUUCCUACGACGUGCAUUUUUACGCAUCGCACGCUUUGCACAAGAACUGGCCGAUGCUGCAGAGGUGCCUGCAGUACGAUCUGCGCGACUUCGUUUAUUUGGAAAUAAAAAGCGACGUCAAGGAGUUGUAUGAGGGGACGAUCUGCGAGAGGAAGAAAUCGAAUUCUGUGCCGCAUGACGCCGGAAGUCCAAGCGAAGGACCAUUGACGCUAAUUAACGCUUACCCGAUACACGACGUGAGUUCAUGGAGAGAUUUAAACUCGAAGUUUGUUCUGCAAACAUUGAGAGACGCGUUUGCGGCUUCUCCUCAAAAGCCGGACAUCGAUUUCAUGAAAGAUAUGUACGAUGCGUGCUUCAUGGUAAUGCAAAAGUCUAUUAAAAAUGACACUAACGCAGAUGGUUUAAUCGAAAACUUGGGUAUUCCUGAUCAGACGUACGACUCCUGGGUUAUGAGCGGUGUGAGCGCUUAUUGUGGAGGUCUCUGGUUGGCCGCAUUGUACGGAAUGAGUACCAUGGCAGAGCGAUUGGGAAAGAUCGACGAUAAGAAACUGUUCGAAAGCAUCUUGAAUAAAGCCAAGGCGGCGUUCGAGAAGAAAAUGUGGAACGGUUCAUAUUACAAUUUCGAUUGUUCCACCCAUCAUUCUAAAGCUAUAAUGGCAGAUCAACUUUGCGGCCAUUGGUACUUGAUGUGUUCAGGGAUUAAAACUGACAUCGUUUUUCCCGAAGAUCACGUGAAAUGUGCUCUUAAAACGGUUUAUAAGAGUAAUGUUCAGUCGUUCUGCGACGGUAACAUGGGAGCUGUUAAUGGAAUGAUUAAUGGAGAAGUGGACACUGCGAGUGUGCAAAGUUUGGAAGCGUGGACAGGCGUUACUUAUGCUCUCGCUUCAACCAUGAUUUACGAGGGUAUGGUUGAAGAAGGUUUCAAAACGGCUGGUGGAAUGUACAAUUCUAUGAUACGGUGUGGAUUAGCCUUCGAUACACCAGAAGCUUUGUAUGCUGAACACCAUAUAAGGGCUGUGGCUUAUAUGAGGCCUUUGAGCAUUUGGUCCAUGCAAAUGGCUUUAGAGAGCAGUAUUAAUAAUUAACAUAUUUUUAUACAAACCGACUUUGAAGAUGACGGGGUACUACAUGGUCCCUUUGAACUAGAGGAGCACAAGGACAAAAUUUAUUUAAUCAUUAACAACAACCCCUGUUCAAAGACUGAGUAAUUAAAAAUAUAUUUUAAAUGUGUAGUACGUUUAUAUGUAGUUUAAAAUGUUUAGAACCUAAAAAUAAAUGUCUCCUUUUAAAUUUACGCUGAACUUUAGACCUUCGAUUCUAUCAUAUCAACAUUUAUUUUGUAGUACACGUAUGGGUAAUAUUCUGAUUGGCCGAAACCUAAUCC